AUGACACAUGACUUGAAAGUUUACUUUGAUUCCGAACUAGGGAGGAUCAGGGGUGACUACAAUAGGCUACAGUCACCAGAUGACCAGUUACCCUCGGACUGGCCCGGCCAAGACAGGAUUGAGCUCCUGGUCAAGCUUGCCGUCCCGCUCUUCAUCUUUGCAAAGAAAGUUUGUCUGUUUAUUGCAGAUUAUGCCUACAGUGACCCAGAGGAGCAGCUCCAAAGGGUCAUGGAGGUUCAGAAGGUGGACUAUGCUUCUCAGCUUCACCGAACCUACCUUUUUGUCCUUAACCGCCUUCUUUUGAAGCAUUCCGGCUUUGGACUUGUGAAAUGCGACGCAGAAGAGAAAGAGAAGACAUUGGACAACUUCCGCAAGCUUGUUGGCUCGCUGGUCCUCUUAGACUAUCCCCUCUCAAUUAAUUCGCUUUCUCGUUUACUGCAGAUUCCGAGGAAAAACAUCAGGAACAUGCCCAACUUCCUUCAUUCCGUCCUAGACGUCCCAGGGCUCGAUAAACCGACCGCGCCGGUCAAGAUCCUUCACUUAUCCUUUUGA